UCUCUUGAGUGUCUCCAAAAUUCGUCAAUGUUAGCAAUAGUUAUGUCUUCAAAGAUAUGCUUCAUUUAUCGUCGAUCUGAUUGGAUUUAUCAGUGUUCACCAUUUAUGCUUCCAAAAACUCCAACCUCAGGUGUUUUUACUUCGGAUGGAAAUUAUCUUAUUUUAUCAGAUCGCGCUGGUUUUGUUCGUCAGGCAAAUGAGGGUGAAAUAUUGCUCGGACAUAUUUCAAUGGUACUUGAUGUCAAAUUGUCAGAUAACGGUCGUUUUUUAUUGAGCGCAGAUCGUGAUGAAAAAUUGCGUGUAUCUCGAUAUCCUCAAUCUUUUGUUAUUCACUGUUUUUGCCUUGGGCAUAGUUCUUUUAUUAAGUCUAUAAUUUCUGCUUAUAAUAUUGCAUUUUCUGCCGGUGAAUUUUUAUUAUUUUGUUAUUUUCUUUUUUUUAUUUUCAGGUCAUCACUAUUCUUUAUAUUAUUGAAUAAUGAUAAUAAUGUGCAUAUUGAAGAAAUAAAGAAUAUAGAUGGAAUUAUCGUUAUUAGUUUAAAUAAAAUUAAAGAUGAAAUAUUAUGUUUGCAGAAAAAAGUGGUUCAUGAAAAUUUAAAAAAUUAUCUGGAAAGGAAAAGAAAACGAAAUAGCAAAAAAUAUAUGUAA